ACUAAACUUAUUUUUCAUUAGGAGGAAAUAAAUAUGCACAUAAAGUUCUUGACUGCUGCCAUUACUCUGCCUGAGCUGAAGAAGCCUGACACUGGUGAGGACAUGGCUGAGGAAGUGCGAGGUAUGCUUCAGGAGCUCCAACAGCUCCAUUCAUUUUUGGAUAUGAGUAAUGUCCUAUCGGAAACAACAUCUCUACCUUCACAACGUAAGGGGUAAGGCUACUGAAAUCGGGGAAGCAUUUCAAAUUGCUGGAGAUCCUCUUUUGUGUGUUAACCUGCGUGAGAAUACCACCAGAAAGCUUCCUAAUGUCAUUCAUGUGCAGUUGGGAAAAAACUGCAAUAUAGAAGACAAUUUUGACUUGCUGUUUCCGGCUAGAAAUGAGUCACAAGCUCCUAAUUCCACAGUUUCGGAAGUCAUGACUAAUCCGGAUGCUACUUCUUCCUCGGAUUGUUCUGACCAACCAAAGAUUUUGACAAUGUCAUGUUCUGAAGUCUCUCCUCCGUCGGAGCAGAAUCUGCAACAAGUGAAUUGGGUCUUGUUUCAUGAAGUAUCUGAAUUUUUUAAGCAUAUUGCCAGUGAAAAUGAUGGAACUACCUCGACUUUUGUUCAGAAGAUGAAGGAGGAAAUAAAUAUGCACAUAAAGUUCUUGACUGCUGCCAUUACUCUGCCUGAGCUGAAGAAGCCUGACACUGGUGAGGACAUGGCUGAGGAAGUGCAAAGUAUGCUUCAGGAGCUCCAACAGCUCCAUUCAUUUUUGGAUAUGAGUAAUGUCCUAUCGGAAACAACAUCUCUACCUUCACAACGUAAGGGGUAAGGCUACUGAAAUCGGGGAAGCAUUUCAAAUUGCUGGAGAUCCUCUUUUGUGUGUUAACCUGCGUGAGAAUACCACCAGAAAGCUUCCUAAUGUCAUUCAUGUGCAGUUGGGAACAAACUGCAAUAUAGAAGACAUUUUUGACUUGCUGUUUCCGGCUAGAAAUGAGUCACAAGCUCCUAAUUCCACAGUUUCGGAAGUCAUGACUAAUCCGGAUGCUACUUCUUCCUCGGAUUGUUCUGACCAACCAAAGAUUUUGACAGUGCCAUGUUCUGAAGUCUCUCCUCCGUCAGAGCAGAAUCUGCAACAAGUGAAUUGGGCCUUGUUUCAUGAAGUAUCUGAUUUUUUUAAGCAUAUUGCCAGUGAAAAUGAUGGAACUACCUCGACUUUUGUUCAGAAGAUGAAGGAGGAAAUAAAUAUGCACAUAAAGUUCUUGACUGCUGCCAUUACUCCGCCUGAGCUGAAGAAGCCUGACACUGGUGAGGACAUGGCUGAGGAAGUGCAAAGUAUGCUUCAGGAGCUCCAACAGCUCCAUUCAUUUUUGGAUAUGAGUUGGGAAAAAACUGCAAUAUAGAAGACAAUUUUGACUUGCUGUUUCCGGCUAGAAAUGAGUCACAAGCUCCUAAUUCCACAGUU